AUGGUGAAAAGAAGCGUACAAUUCUUAGGACGGCGCUGGGCAGGUUGGUCCAUCCGUUUGAAUUUCAAGUACCAAUACAUUCACUCGCGACUGAAAUUCGAUUCUUGCCCCGAAGACCGUAGGGGUGACCUUAAUGACAUUAAGGGAUUUUUGUGUAUAUCAGCUGCAACUUGUCGCAUUGUCAAGGAAGACUUUGGAAGUCGCGACAUAUUGUUGGUCCUUUCUGUCUUCUUUGAGAUACAGUGA